CUGAAGGAGCGGACCCAGUGCAGGAGCUACUGAAACAUGUGGAAAGUGGGAGAAAGCGCCAGGGAGACGUAGUUCUGCCGCCCGGCUCCGGCUCCAGCACCAGCUCCAGCACCAGCACCAGUGCAGGCGGGCGGGCGGGAUGUUGGCCGCCUGGGCGUCAGCCCCCGGGAGGUUGCCGGCUUGUGCCUGAGGGAGGGAGGUGGAAGAUCACCCAUCCCAUCGUUCCACUUCCAAAAACCAGCUCGCCGAACUUAUCAGUUGCCAGGAUUACUUCGUUCUACACCAUUCAUUUUAAAGGAUACAACAGUCCGUAUUGUAUUUGUUGCGGGGUUUUUUUCCCAUCCGAAGAGAGAAAAGAUAUGCUGCACCUGAUGUUUCAUGUUACCAGUUGGUACAUUUUCUCUCGUUGAGAUAUGAGAAAGCGGCACAGUGCAAUGCUAUCCGUCUCGAUGCGUGCUUAACUGGAAUUUCAAGUCGAUUUAAAUUUAAAUAAAAAACACGGACCAUUAGUGGACUUUAUCAGGAUUCGGCCCCACUUCUGGUUUCAAUGCAGCAAUGGGUUGUUUCUGCACGACACAGGAAGAAUUUUAUUGCGAAGUAUUACUUUUAGACGAGACCAAGCUUACUCUAACCACUCAACAACAAGGAAUAAAAAAAUCUACUAAGGGGUCUAUUGUCCUGGAUUAUGUCUUUCGAAACGUAAACCUAAUGGAAACCGAAUAUUUUGGUUUGCGAUAUUGUGACAGAAGUCAUCAAACUUACUGGCUGGAUCCCAUGAAAACACUUGCCGAACACAAGGAUCUCAUAAAUACCGGUCCACCCUAUACGUUAUAUUUUGGUGUAAAAUUCUAUGCAGAAGAUCCUUGUAAACUUAAAGAAGAAAUAACAAGGUACCAGUUUUUUCUACAGGUCAAACAGGAUGUCCUUCAAGGUAGAUUGCCAUGUCCUUUAAACAUUGCUGCGCAAUUAGGUGCAUAUGCUAUACAGUCCGAGCUCGGAGACUAUGAUCCUUUUAAGCACACAGCCAAUUAUGUAUCUGAAUACCGCUUUGUUCCGGAUCAGAAAGAGGAUCUCGAAGAAGCAAUAGAACAGCUUCAUAAAGCUUUAAUGGGUCAAGUUCCUGCUGAGACAGAACUCAAUUAUUUGCAAGUUGCCAAACUGUUAGAGAUGUAUGGAGUCGAUCUCCAUCCUGUUUUUGGGGAAAACCAAACGGAAUAUUUUUUAGGUUUAACGCCAGUCGGAGUUGUUGUCUACAAGAAUAAAAUUCAAGUUGGAAAGUAUUUCUGGCCAAGAAUUACCAAGGUGAACUUCAGAGAAACCCAGUUUGAGCUGAGGGUUCUGGGCAAAGAUUGCUCUGAAACGUCAUACUUCUUUGAGGUCCCCAAUAAAGCAGCCUGUAAGCAUCUGUGGAGGUGCUGUGUUGAAUAUCAUACAUUUUUCAGGUUGCCUGAAACUGAUGAGUAUUCAAAUUCUAUGUCCCGAAAACUUAGCAAGUUGGGAUCUCUAGGGUACAGACACCGAUACAGCGGUAAGACUGCAUUUCAACUAAGCAGAGACCAGUCCAUUGAGCUUCCACGGCCUGAUCAGAAUGUGCAGAGAACCCGCAGUAAAACCUACCCGAAGAGGAUUCUUCACCCUCAGCAACCAGGACCAAACAGUAUUAGUCACAGUGUUAUGAAAGCAGAUCAAGUGGAAUAUGAUGGUCCCACCAAAAUUAUCGCACCUUCACCAGUGAAAAGCUCCACAGUAACCAAACUGGAUGGUAGUUCAACCACACAGAACAGAACCAGUGCACCAUGGGAGGAAAAUGGCCCCCAGAGUGGAUUGUAUAUUUCUCCAGAUGAACGCAACAAAUCACCUAAGUUUCCCCAUCCUAAACGGCGGACUGCUUCUGGCGGGAGUGACAAUGAGUCGGCACAGCCAGGAAGACGAUGGAAAAGCCAAAAUAAUGGUGAAGAUAUUGAUGCAAAGCAACAUAAGAGAAGAUCCCGAUCCCGUGGAAACACCAGUGGCAGUGGCAGCGAGUCUGAGAACUCAAGCAGGGAACGUAAACGACGAAACAGGUCACGGCAGGAGAAUGAGAUGGUGGACUCUGCUCCUCAAUGGGAACAAGUGCUACGACGGCAAAAGGAAAGAUCGUUAACUGACCACAACAACAGACGUUCAAAGCACAGAUCACGAUCGAGGAGCCCAGAUGUACAAGCAAAAGAAGAAUUGUGGAAACACAUUCAACGGGAGCUGGUUGAUCCAGGUGGUUUAACAGAACAAGAGCUGAAAGAGAUACCAUACACCAAAGUGGAGACUCAAGGUAACCCAGUGCGAAUCCGGCAUUCACAUUCACCUCGAAGCUUCCGACAGUACCGUCGCUCCCAGUGUUCCGAUGGUGAACGGUCUGUUCUGUCAGAAGUAAACUCGAGAGCUGAUCUUGUGCCACCACUGUCAGUGACCCGUGCCUCAGAUGUUCAAGGCCCUCUUGGAUCAUCUGCACCAUUGAAUCAAAAGCGAAAUAAAUCUGAAGGAUGUACAACGGAAAGAAAGGCUCAAACUUCAAGUGAUAACUGGGAUUCAAAAUACAAUGUUAAAACUUCCAGAACUAUACAGACAAUGAGGAUAAAGAACGAGACCUGAUUACCUUUAACUUGUCAGGAAUUGAAGGAAUUGUUGCCCAUGUCAUGAUGUACCAGGAUUCCAUAAGCCACCAUAGCAUCGCCUUGAGAGAAAACGUGUUUUGAAACUGGUUCAAUAUAACACAUCCUUUUCUGGAUUUUAUACUGAUCUCAUAUAUAUUGACAACUGAUUUUGGGACCAAGUACCUCCUUUUUUAAAUAUAUUUUCGAAAAAACAGUUAUGGAAAACUUUUCUAUGCUUCUGUUUGUACUGAAAUAUUCAUUAUUGACCCUUGAUACACUUGAACAAUGUUAAGCAUACAAAUUUAUUUAACAUAUCUAAGGUUUAUCUAUUGCAUUCAAUGCUUUCCACACAGUGCUCUCAUGACAUCAUUCUCAAUUGAAUGCACCAGGUUAAAAAUUGUAUUUCCUCUUAUAAAUGAAUGAUUUGUGUAUUACUUGUAUGUCUCAAUACAUCUUAUUAGUAUUAUUUGUUUAGCAUUUCUAGACCGCAGAAACUUACGUAGAUGUUUUGCAUUCCAUUCCCUAGUGUACUGUCAAUAAAUAAGUAAAACCA